AUGGCCGGCAACUUCUGGCAGAGCUCGCACUAUUUACAAUGGAUUUUGGAUAAGCAAGAUCUGCUGAAGGAACGCCAGAAAGACUUGAAAUUUCUGACUGAAGAAGAGUAUUGGAAGCUGCAGAUAUUUUUUACUAAUGUUAUCCAGGCUUUAGGUGAACAUCUUAAAUUAAGACAACAAGUUAUUGCCACUGCCACAGUCUACUUCAAGAGAUUCUAUGCCAGAUAUUCCCUAAAAAGUAUAGAUCCAGUAUUAAUGGCUCCUACCUGUGUGUUUUUGGCAUCCAAAGUAGAGGAAUUUGGUGUUGUUUCAAAUACAAGAUUGAUUUCUGCUGCUACUUCUGUAUUGAAAACUAGGUUCUCAUAUGCCUUCCCCAAGGAGUUCCCUUAUAGGAUGAACCAUAUACUAGAAUGUGAAUUCUAUCUCUUAGAGCUAAUGGACUGCUGUUUGAUAGUCUAUCAUCCCUACAGACCUUUGCUCCAGUAUGUGCAAGAUAUGGGCCAAGAAGACAUGCUGCUACCUCUGGCAUGGAGGAUAGUGAAUGACACAUACAGGACUGAUCUUUGUCUGCUGUACCCUCCUUUCAUGAUAGCUCUAGCCUGCCUACACGUGGCCUGUGUUGUCCAGCAGAAGGAUGCAAGGCAGUGGUUUGCUGAGCUGUCUGUUGACAUGGAAAAGAUUUUAGAAAUAAUCAGGGUUAUUCUGAAGCUGUAUGAGCAGUGGAAGAACUUUGAUGAGAGGAAGGAAAUGGCUACUAUUCUCAAUAAAAUGCCUAAACCAAAACCACCUCCAAACAGUGAAGGAGAACAGGGUCCAAAUGGUAGCCAGAACUCUAGUUACAGCCAAUCUUAAGACAUUCCAAAGAACUUCUUUAUGGACCACUUUGACUCAAGACAUCCUGGGA